AUGCCACCAAAAAAGAAGACAACACCAUCAUCUGAUCCCUAUGAUGAUCCUCUCUUCCUUCAGGUUAUUGCCGAUGUUGAGAGGAAGAGAAAGCGUAUGAUGGCAAGAAUGAAGGGUGAUGACGAUGAUGAUGGAGAUGUGUUUCGUAUUACUCGUGUUGUGACGGAAAAUCCUGAUGGAACAAGAAGUGCAAGAAAUGUUUUUUACGACCCGAAUGAUGAAUAUGCUGAUGAUGAUGAUGAUGACGAUGAUGAAAUAAGCAUUCCCUCAUCGAGAAGUUCUUCAUCUAGGAAAUCAUCUUCAAAAUCUUCUACUAGCAGAGCAGCAACAACCUCUUCUAGCAGUAGAGCAUCCACUGCAUCAUCAAGUAGUAAUUUAAGUAGUGCACUUAGUGCAAUUAUGGGAGGUUCUACUUCUCGUUCUAACUCUAAUGCACCUGCUGUUGUGCCUCCUGAAGAUGUUGGAAUUUAUACAGAAUAUGGUUAUCAAUCAACUAGAGAAGCACUUGAUGAACAAAUAACGUCAACUAGAGCCUACAGAGCUCUCUAUCAAGUUAAAGCAGUUAUUACUUCUCCAACUACGAAAAAUGUUGUGUAUAGAGAAUUUGUCAUCUCUGCCACAAUUUUAUUCAAGAAUCUCAACGAGUUGCUUUGUCUUUUGUUUGGUUGGUCAACUGUUGAAAAUUAUCAUUUUACAUAUGAAAAGGAUGGAGAAACAAAGCAAAUCUUGAAAAGAGCUGGUAAAAAUAGUCAAGGUGUAAGCAGUACAAAAUUCUGCCAAGUUUGUCCAUAUCCAGGAGAUUCCUGUGUUUGGUAUCCAAAUGCUACCACCCAAGUUAGCCUAACUGUCGAUGUUAUUAAUUUAGAUGGACAAGUGGAAUCCGUUCCAAGAUGUGUUGGAUUAAAUGGUAAAAUUGAUUUGGACACUGGUAAACAAGGUACCCUUAAUGAAACUGAAACCAAUAUUGAUAGAGUAAAUUCAAAGCUCAAAGGAAAGAGAUUUGCAGCCAAUUCAGCUAGUAAUAACACCAAGAAGAAGGGCAUAAAAAUGUUAGUCCCUAGAGACACUACCCAGUCAGAAAUUAAUCAAAUAGCCAAUAAUGUUUAUAGAUCUAAAUUAUUUACACCUGACAGAACUAAAUUCUAAGCAAACACUUAAUAUUAUUGAUUCUGCUUUUUAAUAUACUGCCUCUUCAAUAAAUAUUAUUAACACUAAC